AUGAAUUCUCGUGGCAAUUCUCGGCUUAACACACGACAAGGCAGCCGAUUAAAGCUUACGAGAACACCAACUCAAGAAGAUCUAAUGAAUACUAAAGCUGAAGUUGAUAAAUUAAGAAGACUUUUAAUGGAUAAAAAGCAACAAAUAACAAAUUUAGAGAAAGAAGCAUCCAAGCUCGAUGAACUUCAAAUUUUAAUGAGAGAUAUGAUUUACAAUUUUCGCAGACAGAAAAAAAUUCAAUUUUUUGAUAUCGAUCCAGAGCAAGACAUUCCUUUACGAUCUCCAAACCAAUAUAUCAAGAUAAUCAAAGAUAAAAUUUCAGCCCUUUUAGCUACUCAUAUGCGAUUAUCUUCUAAAUUCGAAGUAGAAUUAAAGAAACAACAAUUUGAACAAGAACAAAAGAUAAAAGGAGCGCAACAGUUACUAGAAAACGAAAAGAAAGCACUUGCAGAUGCUUUAGCAGAUAAUAAACAUCAAAAAAGAAUGAUUAGAAUGGUUGUUGGUCAAAAACUAGUUUUACAAAGAACUAUUAUCAUGGCACAAGAUGCUGUUGAUAGGCAUCAGCAAAUCCGUGAAGAAAACCAACAAACUUAUGAACAAAAGCUCCAAAAUAAACUCCAAAGUAUUCAAACAAUGAAAGAAAAGUUCCACAAAGAAACACAAGAAAAUACAAUGAAACUGAAGAAGAUGCGUCAAAAGAACCAAGAAAUGAUUCAAAAGAAGGAGUAUCAUCAACAAUUAAUCGAUCAAAAAGAAAAACUUCAAGCAGAAUUCCAGAAAAUAUCAUAUGAUCAAAGUUGUUUGAUGGCUGAUUUAGACCGUGCUAAAGAAGAACUCGAUUUGAUACAUCGUAAAAACGAUUCUUACAUGGCAAACCUCAAAACACAUGAAUUAUUAGAUGCGGAACGAGAAAAUGACAGACUAAGACAUCUCCUUAAGAAUGAGAAGAAGAGAAGUCAAUCUGCACUCGACAUACAGCUUUCAAAGACAAAACAAUUGGAAGACCAUCUUCAAAGGAUCAUCGAAGAAACAACUAAUAUUAAUGCAACAAUUGCUGAUAACGAAGCUAAGUUACAGGCAUUGACAAUGAGAAUUCCAGAUUUCAAUCAAUUGCAACAAGCUCUUGAUCGUGUCAUUUCAAAUGCUCGUAAAAACAAAGAAGAUGUUUUACAAACACAGUAUAUGCUCGAUGAAAUCCGUGAUAAGAAUCGCCUUCUGGAACAACAAGAGUAUAAUGAAAGUAAGAUCCGUACUGAACAGCUCAAACAAAGAAUUGGAGAUCCAUUGUUUGAAGAUUAA